AUGAGUGAAUCCGAAACGACGACCAAAAGCGAAAAGACAAGUAAUUACAUCAGCCAAAGACGCCUCAAGUACUUUAUCGGCGAUCCAUACAGCUCGGAUGAUCCGCAGCAAUUGACAAUGCGUCGCAAGCAGGCCAUCAUUGCAGUGGUUGCAUUGAGUGCCGUUACAGGGCCACUUGGUAGCAUGAUCUAUAUGCCGGCCUUGCUGGCAGUAGCCGAUGAUCUUCACACAAGUUCAGAGGCAGUCAAUGGCACUGUAUCAGCCUAUGUGGUAUUCAUGGGCGUAGCUCCACUGAUUUGGGCAACAUUGAGCGACUUUUAUGGAAGAAAACGCAUGUACCUCGCAAGCACCGUUAUCGGCAUUAUCGCAUCAAUCAUAAGUGCCUUCUCUAUUAACGUUGCUAUGUUGAUUGUAUUUCGAGCUAUACAAGCUGCUGGACUAUGCGCAAGUCAAACACUAGGUGCCGGUGUCAUUGCUGAUACAAUCCCAAUGAAACAGCGUGGAAGAGCAUAUGGAUACUUUUACAUUGGGCCUCUGCUGGGGCCGGUCAUUGGCCCAACGAUCGGUGGUGCCCUCUCUCAGUUUUAUGGAUGGCAAUCCACAUUUUACUUUUUAGCUGCCCUAGGUGGUCUCCUUUUUAUACUGGUUGCUGUAUUCCUUCCAGAAACAUUGAGAAAGGACAAAAGCCAAAACGAUCAGCAACGAUCCCCAAAUCAUGUCAAAAACUUCUUUCAAGCAUUCGUGCCGCUACUCGUCAUGCUGCACGAUCCAACUAUCUUGGUCAUUACCAUUUACAGCACUGUGAUCUUUGCGUGUUUGUACAUUUUGAAUCCUACCAUCACUGAUACAUUCCAAAGAUUGUAUGGAUACAAUCAAUGGCAAGUGGGGCUUGUGUAUCUCGCAUUUGGUGUUGGGCUUUGUGUUGGAUCAAUCCUUGCUGGUCAAGUAUCAGAUUGGAUGCUUCAGCAUUUACGGAGUAAAAGCAAUGGUCAAGUGGUACCUGAGAUGCGACUACGUGCAGCCAUUCCAUCCUUUUUGUUGAUUCCUGCAGGGUAUCUCAUUUAUGGAUGGACCCUUGAAUAUGGCAUUGGGGUGUAUGCACCGAUCAUUGGGCUUUUCGUUUAUGCCUUUGGGCAAAUGUCAGCAUUCACGCCUGCCAAUGUUUACCUUGUUGACUCUCAGCCUGGAAGAUCAGCCACUGCUAUUGGUGUUAACAAUUGUGCUCGUUCGAUUGCUGGUGCUAUCAUGGCUAUCUUUUCAACCCAAGCCGUUCAUUCACUUGGACCUGGUAUCUUGUUUACUAUUCUUGCAGCAAUCAAUGUGCUCAACAUUGCAAUGAUUAUCAUAUGCAUGCUAUUUGGACAGCGAUGGAGACAAAACAUUGCAUCAAAGCAAGCUGAAGAACAAGAAAGCGAUAUCCAUAAGCAAAAAGUUGAUAUCCAUCGAGACGAAGAAGACCAUCACCAACAUCGCCAAGUGGCUUUAGAACAUUCUUUGGCAAGGACAGCUUCAAGGCAUAGCACAAUAUAG